GACACGAGCAGUCUCCAUCGAUCGAGCUGACCCCAUCAGCCGGCCGGCAGGGCAGACAGGGAGAUCGAGCGCCAUGGGUCCGGCCUGGAUGGUGGCGUCGGCCGUCGCGGCCGUGCUGGCGUCGUGGGCGUUCAACGCGCUGGUGCGCCUCGUCUGGCGCCCAUACGCCGUCGCCCGGCGGCUGCGCGCGCAGGGCGUGCGCGGCCCGGCCUACAGGUUCCUCGCCGGGAACCUCGCCGAGAUGAAGCGGCUCCGCGCCGAGGGCGCCCGCGCCACGCUGGACGUCGGCGACCACGACUUCGUCCCCAUGGUGCAGCCGCACCACCGCAAGUGGAUCUCGCUCUACGGCCGGACGUUCCUGUACUGGAACGGGGCGACGCCGAACCUGUGCCUGGCGGACGUGAACCUGGUCAGGCAGGUGCUCUUCGACCGCACCGGCCUCUACCCCAAGAACCACAUCAACCAAUACGUCACCCGCCUGCUCGGCAGGGGCCUCCUCCUCACCGACGGCGACGAGUGGAAGCGCCACCGCAAGGUCGUGCACCCGGCCUUCAACAUGGACAAGCUCAAGACGAUGACGGCGACCAUGUCCGACUGCGCCCUGUCCAUGAUUUCCGAGUGGGAGGCGAAGCUGGCCAAAGGCGGCGACGCGGAGGUCGUCGAGCUCAGCAGCCAGUUCGAGGAGCUCACCGCCGACGUGAUCUCGCGCACGGCGUUCGGGAGCAGCUACAGGGAGGGGAGGCAGGUGUUCCUGGCGCAGAGGGAGCUCCAGUUCCUGGCCUUCUCCACCGCUUUCGACGUCCAGAUCCCAGCGCUCAGGUACCUCCCCACCCGGAAUAACCUACGGACGCGGGAGCUGGACAGGCGGGUGAGGGGCAUGCUCAUGGACAUCAUCAAGGCACGCCUCGCCGUCGCCGGCAAGGACACCGCCGGCGGCGGCUACGGCCACGACCUGCUCGGGCUCAUGCUGGAGGCGGCGGAGCACGGCGGCGAGGCGCCGACGCUGAGCAUGGACGAGAUCGUCGACGAGUGCAAGACCUUCUUCUUCGCCGGCUACGACACCACGUCGCACCUGCUCACCUGGGCCUGCUUCCUGCUGAGCACGCACCCGGAGUGGCAGGGCCGGCUCCGGGAGGAGGUCCGGCAGGAGUGCGGCGCGGACGAGGUCCCCACUGGCGACGCGCUCAAUAGGCUGAGGCUGGUCAACAUGUUCCUCCUGGAGACGCUGCGGCUGUACGGCCCAGUGUCCCUGAUCCAGAGGAAGGCGGGGACGGACCUCGACCUCGGCGGCGUCCGGGUGCCCGAGGGCGCCAUCCUGACCAUCCCGAUCGCGACGAUCCACCGGGACACGGAGGUCUGGGGCGAUGACGCUGGCGAGUUUAGGCCGGAGAGGUUCCAGAACGGGGUGACCAGGGCGGCCAAGCACCCCAACGCGCUGCUGGCCUUCUCCAGCGGACCUAGGUCGUGCAUCGGUCAGAACUUCGCCAUGAUCGAGGCUAAGGCCGUGGUCGCCAUCAUCCUGCAGAGGUUCGCGCUCGAGCUGUCCCCCACGUACGUGCACGCGCCCAUGGACGUGAUCACCCUGCGGCCAAGGCACGGGCUCCCCAUGCUCCUCAGAAGCCUGUAGCCUGUAGGUGCAUUGUGCAAUGAGAGUAUAUGCUAGACUGCUAGAGUCGCAUGCAUGCUGUACAUCUUUUAUUUUUAAGAUCCGAAAGCUCAUUGUUCCAGCAUUUAUUAAUAAGAGGAGAAUUCACGGACCUGCAAAACCAU